AGCUCAGUUACAUCGCAGCUAUCGAAAUGGUAACACUGAACUGUUCGUUUUUAGUUCGAUCGCAGCUUAAACGCUGCAUAACGGCGACAAUUGUCGUCGGUACGUUAGUAUGUUUCUGUGUAGUGCUGCUCAUGGAUGGAACUGUAACGAAAUCGGUCGAAGAAAUAAAUCGAGAUCGUUUGUUGCAUUUGCGGGCGGCCUGCGAGCGCACCAACAACGGAGGAAAAUAUACAAUAGAAACGUCUUUCUACAUUCACGUGAAAAACGAGAGCCUGUUGUACUGCCUGGUGUUCAAGUCGGGCACCACCACCUGGUUCUAUAACAUUAAUCGAUGGGCCGGCAUCAGUGAGGAGAAGAUACUGGACGACAAAACGGACAACUUUAUGCUGGCCCGGCAAAAGUAUCCUUGGGAAAAUCCGCGCGUGCUGCUGACGAGCAUGAAAAACACGUACACCUUCAUCGUGGUGCGCGAUCCGUUCGAACGUUUGAUCAGUGCGUACGAGGAGCGGUUGCUUGGGCAGCUGCAUCCGUACUAUAAAAAUCUAUCGCAUAAAAUCUACAAACGCUACCACAACGAUGGUAACGAGUACGGGGUACCAUCGUUUCAGGACUUUGCCCGGUACGUCGUCGAUCAGGCCCGCAAUAGUCAACCGUCCGAUCUGCAUUGGCGACCGAUCAAUGAUUUGUGUACGCCGUGCCUGGCGCGGUACGACUCGAUCAUCAAGAUGGAAUCGUUCGGGUCCGACUUGGCAUACCUGACGAAUCGGACGGGUUUGCAGGGGAAAAUUAAACCAGCGCACAUGAACUAUUCGCGCCGCGAUCCUUUGCAUCGACUGAUCGAAAAGUACUUUUCGCAACUGACCCAGCAACAGUUUGACGAUCUGUACGAACUGUACCGGUUAGAUUUUGAGCUGUUCCAAUACUCACCCGAACGGUACUUGCAGUUUAUUAAGUAACCUUCAAAGUGGUGGUGGUGCUGGUGUUCUAAUGACUGAAUUUUAAGCUGUGUGUUCAUGGUAGCGAAAAUAAAAGUAAAUCGAUUGAUAAAUGGGAAAACAAUAAUUGUGGCUGUUUCCGUGGAAUUUAUAUCGAUCGCGCGUAGCAGGAAUACUUAAAACGCAAAAAAGAGAUCGCGCAAGAUAAUCUUUUCAACAUUUAAACGCUUUUAAUAUAACCUUUGUAUAAAGAAAUUAAACUAGCUAGUUGAGUUUAAUUUAAUGGUCUUUAUUCAUGUUUUCAAAUAAAUCUAUAUAUAGCGUA